AUGUUGCAACGUGGACAUGCUACCCCAGUCCCCCUCGAGUCGUUAGGCGAGGAAACGAAAAGCAAAACAUGGUACCUACCACACUUCGGCGUAUACCACCCCAAAAAGCCCGAUCGUAUACGAGUCGUGUUCGAUUCCUCAGCCGAGUUUGAUGGAGUUUCGCUAAAUAAGGAACUUUUGUCUGGCCCUGAUCUAGCAAAUAACCUUCAAGGCGUCCUGAUUCGAUUCCGUCAACACAACGUCGCUGUCACAUGCGACAUACAACACAUGUUCUACUGUUUUUACGUCCACCCAGAGCACAGAAGCCUGCUACGGUUCCUGUGGUUCAAGGACAAUAACCCAAAGAAAGAAAUUAUUGAAUACGAAAUGACCGUGCAUACGUUUGGAAAUACUUGCAGCCCUGCCGUCGCUAAUUUCUGUCUAAGAAGGACCGCUGAAGACGGCGAGGAGACAUUUGGGUCCGCAGCGAAAGAAUUUGUGCACAACAACUUUUAUAUCGAUGAUGGAUUAACCUCCACGCCUUUGGAUACUGACGCAAUUUCCCUCGUGAAGAAUACACAAGCCCUGUUGGCAACCCCUAACAUACGACUCCACAAGGUGGUUUCAAAUUCCAUUGUUGUCAUGGAAUCCUUCCCAGCAGAAGACCGCAUCGAUAACCUCAAAGAUUUGGAUCUACAAGUCGACCCCAUUCCUGUUCAACGCUCGUUAGGCGUGCACUGGGACGUAGAGAAAUAUGCCUUUACCUUUAAAAUUUCCCUACCCGAGAAACCAUAUACUCGUCGUGGCGUUCUUGCUAUUGUUAAUUCUACCUACGACCCAUUAGGAUUAAUCACUCCUAUCACACUCGGAGGCCGAUUAUUGCUACGCAAGUUAACAGACAUGGGAAACAAACGUUCUGGUAGCAACCAACUAUUGGGAUGGGACAAGGUUCUUCCUUCCAGCCUGUUGAACGAAUGGCUACGUUGGAGAGAUGCACUUUACGAAUUGCAAGACGUUCUUAUCCCAAGAUGUUACCAUCCAAACAACUUUGGACAGAUUACCCGUGUUGAACUCCACGCGUUCUCCGAUGCAAGCGAAGAUGCUAUCGGUGCGACGGUACACCUGAAACUAGUCGACAACGAAGAAAGAGAUUCCGUGUCUCUGAUCUUUGCUCAAACGAAACUGGCUCCAAGGCGAUUAACGACUAUCCCCAGAUUAGAACUUUGCGCUGCAGUCCUCACUACUCAAGCGACGAAACGCGUCCUCAAAGAACUCACAAUCGAAGUCAACGAGGUCGUAUUUUACAGCGAUUCGAAGGUAGUCUUGGGAUAUAUCUAUAGUAAUGACGUCAUGUCAUUCACUCGGCACCAGGACUAUACGGUCGGAACUAAUUAAAUAUAUAUAUAUAGGACACGUUGUGUAGAGGAAACACACACACACACUAAAACACCAAUAAGAACUAUAUCGUUAUGUUAUACUAAAUAUAUUCUAUAGCACAAAUAUAUACCUAGUACUUAGAUAUUACAAUAUCCAAAAUGAGAAAAGACGAUUCUACUCCUACGUCGCUAAUCGAGUCCAGAUAAUUCGACAAACUUCCAGUCCAACGCAAUGGAGAUACGUGGAUACACCAAUCAAUCCUACUGAUCUAGCAACGAGAAGCAUUAGUCCUAAGCAGUUGUUGAAUACCCAAUGGUUUCAAGGACCAGAGUUCCUACGAAAUCUUCAUCAAUUGUCACCCAGCCCGCAUGUUGAGAUGCCACUGAACGAAGAAGAUCCUGAGAUCCGACCCUUGCUUGCCCUAAAAACAAAUGCACAACAACACGUCAAAGGAUUGGGCUCAAGGAGAUUUGAACGGUUUUCAAGAUGGUCCACGCUUCGAAGAGCUGUUGCAAGGCUGAUUUUGAAAAUUCGAACUUUCAAGUUACGUCGAGAUCUGGAUGGGAAAAAGAGCUCCAUGAGAUCUGCACACCCAAAUUCCGAAAACAUCCAAAGAAGAAUAUCUUCAGACCUGCUCAAAUCCGCUGAAGAAGUCCUAACCAAGACCGUGCAGGGAGAAUCGUUCGCUCCAGAGAUUGACGCACUGACCUCUUCCAGAGUUCAUUCCGACAGCACGUUAACGCACAAAGAACACAAGCUCAAAACGUCUCACCUGUACCGUCUCGACCCGUUUCUAGAUGAAUACGGCAUUCUUCGUGUCGGCGGCAGAACUCGUCGUUCCCAUCAGACAUUCCAUGAAAAGCACCCCGCUUUCCUUCCUAAAGAUCAUUAUCUUUCCUACCUCGUAAUAAAUCACUACCACGAAAAAAAACACCAUCAAGGUCGGCUAAUAUCUCAAGGUGCCGUGUUGCAAGGAGGAUUCUGGAUAAUUAGCUGCAGACGAAUGGUGUCCAAACUAAUCAACCGAUGUGUAACCUUUAAACGACUUAGAGGAAAAGUUCAAAAACAACAUAUGUCGGAUCUGCCAUUCGAUCGCUUGGAGACGCCGCCGCCCUUUACUAACGUCGGAUUCGAUGUCUUCGGACCGUGGACGAUUCACACGCGUAAGUUAAGAGGAGGGACUUCCAAUUCUAAACGAUGGGGCCUUAUCUUCACGUGCCUUAAUUCCAGAGCGGUACAUGUCGAGGUACUAGAUAGUAUGGAUUCAAGUUCAUUUAUAUGUGGUUUAAGAAGAUUCUUCGCCAUCCGUGUCCCAGCCGCCGUACUGAGAUGUGAUCGCGGUACCAAUUUCUUUGAAAAAAAACAGAAUUAUAAAACGCCCUGAACGAAAUGGACCAAGAUUCAAUCCAAAAUUAUCUUAGUGAAGAAGGGUGCCAAUGGUUGUUUAACCCUCCUCAUGCAUCUCACUUUGGGGGCACGUGGGAAAGACAAAUCGGUACGAUUAGACGUGUUCUAGACGUAAUGCUUUCAAAACUCGGACCUCGUCAACUCACUCACGAUCUGCUCGUAACCUUGAUGGCCGAAGUCAGCGCCAUAGUUAACGCUCGUCCAAUUGGUGUUCUAUCCACAGACCCUGACCAUCCUCAACCACUAUCUCCUGCAACGUUGUUGACCAUGAAAACUCGACCUCUACUUUCUCCUCCUGGAACAUUUACGGCACAAGACAUCUACUCACGUAAAUACUGGAGACGAGUCCAAUACCUCGCGCAACAAUUUUGGAUUCGCUGGAAACAAGAAUACCUACAAGGACUUCUUCAGUCGAGAACAAAAUGGAACGUCCGAGAACGAGAUCUACAACCGGGGAACAUCGUAAUAAUGAAAGAAGAAACACCACGUAACUAUUGGAAAAUGGGAAGAAUCGUUAACGCAAUACAAAGUGAGUGUUUUGGACUUUGUCCAGUUUAUUAUAUAGUUCAUGUUAAUUUAUUAUGGUAAUAGACUUUUGUCCAGUAACAUUGAAAAUAGAGAGGUCAGAGGACAGAACGAACACAAAACGUUUUUGAGAAACAGAGUUAUUCUGUAAAAACUGUUGAGUUAUACUAAAUAAAUAUAUGAAAACCUCAUGGUUAAUGAAAAUUACACGCCGUCUAUAACAAAGCUGGUCCUUCGUCGAGCCGGAUAAGAAAGAAAAUGCCAGAAGUAAGUGAAAUUGACAAGUGUAGAGCGAAGAGAAAAGUCGCGAAAGCUAGCGUGACAAGAAAUAUGAAUCGUGUCAGAGAGCUGAUCUCUAGCGAUGGAAGUGUUUCGAAAGUCCGACAGUUUGCCAAAGGUGUAGAAGAAGGUCGUACGAAAGCCCGUGACCUUACGAAAGAACUGGAAGAGCUUGAUCCAGCGUCAAUUGAGACUGAUGGUAGCUGGUUAGAAGAGGUAUAAUUUGAUGUCAACGAAGUCCUGGGAGAAGUUGCUGAAUAUUUAUUAAAGUCUGAGAGCCCAUCGCCAAACGAACAGUCUAGUAUUACACCACCAACUGCUCAGAAUAAUGAUGAAAAUACUGAAACUGUGAACGAUUCAAUGUCUGGGAAAAGAACUGGUCUGAAAGGUGUUGAAAUCCCAUCAUUCGAUGGAAAACCAGAUAAGUGGCCGUACUUUUGGGGAAUAUUUAGUUCUCUUGUCCAUAAAAACGAUAAACUAACGCCAGCAAUCAAGCUAGCUCAUCUGAAUAGCUGUUUAACGGACAGAGUACGUGAAGUUAUUGCAUGCCUGACCGGGGAGCCUGGGGACUAUGACAGGGCGGUGAAACAACUCACUGAUAGGUAUGGGGACCCCCGAGAAAUUAUAGAUGCCCAUUUGCGCAGAAUAAGUUCUUGGCCCCACAUUAAGGAUAAGGAUCGUGAAGAGUUUCAACGCUUUGCAGAUGCAUUACAAGCAGCUGUGUUUGCACUAGAUAAACCUGACUAUAGGCAUGAAUUAGCUAGUAUACCUCUUUGUACCUUGUUGGUUCAAAAACUCCCACCUAGAGAAAGGGAUGAAUGGGUAAAACAGGUUGAGAGUGAAGAUUACUCGGAAGACAUGAAGGGUUUAGCCAAGUGGGCCCAAGUUAGAGCCAAAACCAUGCGUAAACGUGAGCGAUACAAUAUUGAGCCGCCAGAUAAGGGUAAAGAGUCGACUAAUUUUCAGCCACCAGGUCGCAUGCGAGGUAGGGUCCAUGCUCUACGCACAUCUGGAUUUGAUCCAGAACACCAAAGUUUAAAAAAUUGUCCAUUGUGUGAUAAAAAACACACUGAAGUCUCAUGCCCUUUGUUUUUUGAUAGUUCUGUUGAGAAACGUUGGGAAAUUGUAAAAAAUAAAAGGGUAUGUUUUGGUUGUUUGAAACCUGGCCACCAACGGCGCCUGUGCACAAAGUCCACCAAAUGUGGGGUAGACUCAUGUGACAAAGGCCAUCAUUAUUUAUUGCACAGUUCUAAAUCUAAGCAUGAGAAACCAUCUGAUGACCCACCUAAGACCCCAGAGGAAAACAAAGCAAUGCAUUGUGGGAAAGCACAAAUCAGCACACCCAUAAGUGAGAGGGUUGCCCUGAAAACUGUAUCUGUCCCAUUUAUAGAUGAUUCUGGAAGGGUAGUCAAUGGUUUGGUACUUUUAGACUCAGGAAGUGAGACCACACUUGUAAGAGCAGGGUUUGCAAAUCAGUUAGGCAUAAAGGGGCCUAAGCAAAGUGUUACUGUGGAUGCAGUAGGAGGG